AUCGUCAAUGGGACCUUCCCACAAGGUCUGGGAGAACCAAUGAACAUCAUCAUAUCUGCCGAAUCUGACUCCGAAGUACUGGUUCAUAGUGCUGAUAAUGGAGGGUUUCUCAAUCUCAUGUUAAGCACAUUUCUCGCCAGCGAAUGUCUAGGACAACAUCUUGGAGACACACAAGCCGCCAAUCUGGGCGAAUCUUCAGGGAACGUCACUCAGGUAGAAGAACUUCGAUGGGACUUCAACGAUCCAUAUCUUGGUACUUGUCGAGAAAGUUUUGAAGGAGGUUUACAUGCUCGUUAUUGGAUCCAGAAUUCGACUGGGGCGUAUUUCAUUGCGACAAGCGUGGAGAUGAAUGCGGAGAGUGGACAUGAUAUAAUCCUUGAUGGGUACAAUCUUGGACGAGAUUUUCUCGCUGGUAAUCUCACGGGUCAAUCAAUACCCACCUUGAACGUUUCCAAUUCUUCCACUUUCUCUGGCGUGUCCACGUUCGCCAAUUACACCUAUCAAACCGAUGUCAAGUAUGUUUCUGGGUUGUUACCUUAUGCCGCUGAUAUGAUCAAUCACUAUCUUACUGUGGAAUCUUCCGACCGUCCACCUAUAGAUGGAUUGGUCGCAGUAUUGACAGUCAAAAUAAUCUCCAAACCUCCAUCGUCAGUGAUUCAUCUUCUCUGCUCAUGCUGA